GUUGCCCUCCCGUUUUCCGCUCCCCCUGCCCAGAUGCUGGGCUUAAUUUAGGGCGCACCAUGGGAGACUUAAAGUCGGGUUUCGAGGAGGUGGAUGGCGUACGCCUGGGCUACCUGGUGAUUCGGGGCAAGCAGAUGUUCGCCCUCUCGCAGGUCUUCACAGAUCUCCUGAAGAACAUCCCGCGCACGACGGUACACAAGCGCAUGGACCACCUGAAAGUCCAAAAGCACCACUGCGACCUGGAGGAACUGCGGAAGCUCAAGUCCAUCAACUCCAUCGCUUUCCACGCUGCCAAAUGCACUCUUAUCUCCCGCGAGGACGUGGAGGCGCUUUACACCUCGUGCAAGACAGAGCGGGUCCUGAGAACCAAGCGCCGGGGAGGCGCCAGGCCGGGGCAGGACGCCCUGAGCCCCGACCCCUACGCGGCCUUUUGGAAAGACGGCGGCAAACUUUGGCUGGGCUUGAAUGGAGGGACCGCGAGCCUGGCCAGCAGCAGGAAGAAAGCAGCCUGGCGCGCGGCAGCGGCAGCUGCACAAGCAGGAGCUUUCCUACCGGCCUCGGAUCUACCUCAUUUUUGGAGCAAAUCCGCCGGGCGCAGUUUGCCGAGCUUGGCCCGAUCUCCUAGCAAAGGGUCUGUAAACUAUGAAACGGCCCCGCUUGGGCCCCGCUACGUCUCCCUGGCCACAGAGCCGGCUUGUUUUCGGAGCCUGCUCUGCUCCAAGCAUCCUCAUUACUAUUACCACUCCUCGGCCGCCAUUGCCACUCAGCCCAAGCUCGCGGCAGCAGCGGCGGCGGCUGCUGCGGCUGCAGCGGCGGCCGCGGCGGCAGCAGCAGCCUCCAGAGGCAAAUCGCUGGGUCUGGGCUGCAGGACGAAGCGGAAAAAAAGCACCGAGAGGCGCUUCUCGGCGGGGUGCGGGCGGCGCGUGGUGAUCCUGCCCCGAGCUUGCAAAGCAGCCGGGGGCUCCGUGGCGGAGCGGCUGCCUGGAUUGAGCGGUUUCCUGGCCCCGCAGCCGGCUCAGCCUUUCCCAGAGCCCUACAGCAGCGACUCGGAAUCCAGCUCCUAUUCGGAUCACGCAGCCAACGACUCCGACUUCUGCUCCAGCCUGACCAGCACCAGCAAUUCCGGUUCCUCUGAGGAAGAAGAGGAGGAAGGCAGCUACGCCUCGGAUUCCAGUGAACUGAGCUCAGAGGAGGAGGAGGAGGAGGAGGAGGAGGAGGAGGAAGAGACCAGCUCAGAAUCCGAUUCCAGCUCCGGAUCCAGCCAAGUCUCGGUCCAGAGUAUCCGCUUCAGGCGCACCAGUUUCUGCAAGUCGCCCAGCCUCCUGGCUUCAGCCAGCCUCGUGCACCAUCCACCCCAUUCGGCUGGCCAUGAGGAGCUCCCUGGUCCAGCGCAAGUCAUCAAAUGCGAAGCGUCGGAAGAACCUGAGGACUGGAGGACCCCGGCUGGCUGGGUUCCAAAAGCUGAGCCGGGCUUGGACUGCACCGCUCAUCCUGCCGGCAGCAUGUGCUUAGGAGAGCUGGAACAGCCCAUGGCAGGAGGCAGUGGCAGUGGGGGAAGAUCCCCCUGGGCUGGCGAAGACCACUCCACCCCCGUGCCUGACGUAAAGUCUCCAGACCUGCCUGGGGUCCCCUGCUUAGCUUGCGGGGACUCCUCGCCUAGCUCAAAGCCAAACCACCUUUUGCCCCAAGCAAGAUUUCUCCAAGAGGCCCAGAUCUGCCAGCCUGCCAUUGCAGCUCACCCUUAUCCAUCUCCUCUUUCUCCAGCUGGUGCAGAGAGCCCCACUGCUGCCCCAGCCCACCUGUCCAGGGAGCCCCCAGGAAGUGCCCAACUCGAUGGGCAACCAGUCCCCUACCAAGACUGUUCCCAGGGAGCUGCUGCUGCUGCCGCUGCUGCUGCUGCUGAAAGUCCCAAACCUCAAAGCCAUGCCCAGCCUCUGUCCCUUGUGCCCAUUAUCCAGAUCAAAGUUGAGGACAGCAGUGCUAAUGCUGAGUAUGGAGCUCUCCCAGUCCAGACCCCGCUCAAAUGGGAAAGGAGCGACCAUGAGACCAAGGUGGAGACCGACCGCCAGCCAUCACCGCGGCCCAGCCCCACCCAGCAUCCUGGGAGCCUUCUGUUGCCAGCCAAGGCAGACCCCACCUGCCUGGAGGACCCUCCUAGCCCUCCCAUGAGCCCCCCACCUCCCGCGCCUCUGAGCCAGGCCCUUGCUGCAUGCACUUUAGGCGUUGCUUCAGCUGCCAAACCUGAGGAUGGGGAUUACAAAUUUGGAGCCCGGGUGAGGAAGAACUACCGGACCUUGGUCCUGGGCAAACGAGCCAUCGUCCCGAGCCCAGCACCACUCAAGCCAAAUCUGAAAUCCGUACGCAGCCCCCGGCCACCCCCGGGAAAACUCCUGGAGGCCCAGGAAGGCGCCUUGGAGGACUUGACUGUUCUUAACCGACGCAAGAGGGUGGCCAGUAAUGUCACCUCCACCAUCAAGAGGCCCUUCAGUUUUCUGGGCAACUUUCCUUGCCCUCCCUCCUUAGUGGUUGGCCUGGACGGGGAUCUCUUGCCAGCCUAUACCUUAAACACUGCCAAGGGUGCCCAACCGCCGCCCAAAGCCCAUCCUGUCUGGAAAUGGCAGCUGGGCGGGUCAGCAAUACCUCUUCCACCCAGCCACAAAUUCAGGAAAUUUCAUUCAUGAAAGAGCUUGAAUGGGAACUCUACUUUUAUGGUUGUUGUGUGGAUGGCUUGGGUUUCUGGAUUCAUCCUUAUAAUAAUAGUAACAACUAAUAUUAUUAUUUUGAUUUUCCCCCUUUCCCAACACCUUCCUUUUAUUACAGUUGAUGGUCUCUACUCUGGAUUGUUUUUCUCCCACCGCAUCUGCUUGUAUUUUGAUUUUUGGAAUUCUAGUUUAUCCCUCCCAGUCACUGGGGGGAAGAAAACAGCAACAAAAAUCGGAUUACUAUUUUUUUUUGCCAUGAAAACAGAUUGUGGGGGAAGAGGGUAGUAGCGUGCAUGGAGGGAGAGAGAUCUAACAUUCCACAGACUACUUCAAGCAAAAGUCUCAAGUUAAUUAAAAACAAACAAACAAACAAACACCUCAGUGGACUCUGUCAAAGCUGGAACACUUUACCGUCUCAGAUUGCUAAUAAUGCACCCGGUACCUCAGUUCAACUGCUACAAGUAAAUGUUUGGGGUUUGGGAUUUUUUAGUUGAAAGAUUAUUCGAAUGAGCCAUUAAUAUGUAAUGCACUAGAUCUGGAACAUGGAAGUCUGUACAAUUCCAUUCGAUUUUCUUCAGCAAGAAGUUGCACAGGGACAUUUCUCUAUCAUUCAGUUGUUGGGGGGGGAGGUUCUUCUUAACUUCUAAGUAUCCCCCCACCUCCCAAUCCCCACCUCAUCUCCUUUCCAUCAAAAUAAUUUACAUGCCUACAGCUAGCAGAGAGUGUGUAUUUCUAGAUCAUCACUGGGACAGUUGCUUCUUUGGCAGCUUAAAAUCAAUAGAGGCAGUUAAAUGUAGUUGAGUAUUUGUUUAAGAUUAAAAAUAAAAUGAUCCAGGACAAGUCAGUUUUAGCAAACUAAGGGAGGAGCCUUCUGUCCCUUCCCAUAAUAAAUUGUUCAGAUUGACCACUUACGUCAUAUCUUGGCUACAGUAUUCAGUCCGGCGUAUCACAGACCAGACUUGUGCACGUUUAACUUAGAGAGUCCCCCUCCCCCCCAGUUCACUCUGAAGUGAUUGAUAAGGACUGCAGGCUUAGAAGAAUUAGGAUUGUGGUGGAGCAGAUUGAAGCUAUGUUUUAUUUGAAAAGAUGAAGGAGUAUCCAUAAAAUGUGUUUCUCUCAGAUUCAGAAAAAUCAGGAUAAUGCUGUUUGCUCAGACUUGCAUUGCAGGAAAAUGCAAUCACAUCCCCAUGUUUAAAUGCAACAGAAGCCCCAAGGAGAAUCCCUUGCUUUCAGUAGCUGCUGUGGUCACCCAAACUCAGGUGUCUGAAACCAGGAUGUGUCACUGUUUUCUUUACAUGCCUGGAAACUUGACUUUUCCCAACCAUCCCAUCUUUGUAGCAGGAUCAUUUUUUUUACUGCACAUGACAAUCAGAGGCAAUUGUCUAUAUUUGCACUUAAAACUUGACAUAAUUGAAGCAGGCGGACUUCUAGAGUCCGGCCAUUGGUGAGACAUGCCAGUGUAAUAUGUUGUGAUAAUGGAAGCAGUAAAUCAAAAUGAUGGAAAUUUGCACUCUUGGAAAAAGCAUGCUUUAGCUUUAUUUUCAAUUAAAACACUGUUUUAAAAAGAGAAAGAACGUCCAUAUACUUCUUGCAGGAUUAUCCGUUGUUUUUCACUCUUUUGUGAGGUGGGCGGAUGAGAAGAGUGUAAAGCUUUGGUUGGAAGGACCGAUACUUCUAGAGGUUAAUUGUUGUUACUAUAAAACUGUGAUGAAAAGGAAAUAGUCUCACAAUAGUUGUCAAUUAUGUUAUAUCUGUGGGAUAAGUGAAGAACUUUUGCAAAGUUAAUAGAUCCCCC